AUGGCAUCUGUGUGCCCAUUGUUCCAUACGUUGGCACACACUCCACAAGUGUGGAACACCAUUUCAAUGGCAGAGUACCCAGAUCAUCCUAGCUGGUACCAUGUCAAUCCUGCGGUCCAGCAUUUCUUGCAACAAUGUAGGGCUUGCGAGAACCCUGAGUUGAUAUUUAGAGAAGCGUUCGAAGUGUUUUUCAUGCAGGGUAAUGUGGAAGCAUUGUAUGGGAUGCGCAUUGCAGCCACGGCAGGCCAUAUGGAAGCAGCAUAUCUAGUUGGACUACUUGGCAUGUCCAGAGUUGGUCAGUCAAAAGAGGAUGCAUUAGAAUUCUUGUGUUCUUUGAAUCAACGUAACAACAUUGAUAUGAAAGGAACCAGGGAUGCUUUGAGACGAAGAUUAAGAUGA